GGGUCAGAGUCCCCCGGGUCGUUUACCUCAAGCAGAACUUCAUCUGCUGCUCUGUUGAGUCGGCUCCUUCCUCUGGUGUCUCCAGCAUCUGCCCCUGCGUCACCACGACUGAAAGUCCCAAGCCGGUGGAGGAUCCUUUCAGGUUUUACGACUGGUACUUUCAAACUGAUCCCGAGCUCAUUCCAUACUAUCCGGAGCAUGUGAACCCUACACGAGUGUGAUCUUCAGUCGAUCGACUAUAGCGAUGUUCCUUGUCCUAACUCCCCGCUCAUUCAACCUCCUCCAUUCUGGGGAGAACUUCCGCAGGCAAACGAUAUACCAAGUGCAGCUGCUGCCGAGGAUGUCGGGGUUCAAGGUGCUGGGGGGCAAGGCGCGGAAGCGGCUGCAGCAGGCAGCAACAGCCGUGCGCAGGGUGCAAACCCAUCACAGCCGAGUUCUGUCAGCAUGGGGUCGGUUUCAGCGGCAAUGACCACGUUCAAACCUGGUCAACAUGACACCUUCACCUCAGCUCCGCUGGGUCGCGUUCAAUGGAGUCAGCAGGGGGAGCCGCUGGUGGCGUCGCAACCCAUCAUUUUCCAUACCAAAGAUUUUAACGUACAUUCGUCGAAGAAAUGAAGAUUAGGAUGACUGCUGACAGCCAAGGAUACGACUGGCCAAAGUUUGUCAUCAAGCUAGAUUGUAAUAUGUGAUACUUAUUCUUUAACAAAACAUCGUAACGCAA